AUGGAAACCCCAAUCAUCACCAGUCACACAAAUCUUCUAUCGAAGAUAGACCUAGAGAAGCAAAACCCUACCCACAUUGUUCCAACAAUAUCUGAGCUUAAAACAGAAGCAAGGUCUCUCUUCUCCUUAGCCUUCCCCACGAUCCUCGCCGCGCUUAUCCUCUAUGUUCGCUCAGCCAUCUCAAUGCUCUUCCUAGGUCAUAUUGGUGAACUAGAACUCGCUGGUGGCUCCUUGGCCAUUGCCUUCGCCAACAUCACUGGGUACUCGGUUCUCGCAGGCCUUGCACUCGGCAUGGACCCACUAUGUUCUCAAGCCUUUGGAGCUGGCAAGCCAACACUCCUCUCACUAACGCUUCAACGAACCGUGCUUUUCUUGCUCACUAGCUCCCUUGUAAUCGUCGCUCUAUGGCUCAACCUAGGGAACAUCAUGAUCUCUCUCCAUCAAGAUCCAAGUAUCGCAUCGUUGGCUCAAACAUAUAUCCUCUUCUCUAUUCCUGACUUGCUCACCAACUCUAUUCUUAACCCUCUUCGUAUAUACCUUCGAGCACAAGGCAUCACAAGUCCACUAACUAUUGCAACACUAGCCGGCACCAUCUUCCACAUACCAAUGAACUUUCUCCUAGUUUCUUACUUUCAAUUGGGUUUCAUUGGUGUUUCGAUGGCUGCGGCCGCUUCAAAUCUCUUUGUUAUCGUUUUCCUUGUGGCCUACGUUUGGGUCAAAGGUCUACACGAGCCAACGUGGACCCGCCCUAGCUCAGAAUGUUUCAAAGACUGGGGUCCACUGGUUAGUCUGGCAAUACCGAGCUGCGUGGGAGUAUGUUUAGAGUGGUGGUGGUACGAGAUCAUGACCGUUCUUUGUGGCCUACUCAUAAACCCUCAAACUCCAGUGGCAGCUAUGGGCAUUCUUAUCCAAACGACGUCGUUGCUUUACAUUUUCCCAUCGUCUCUAGGGUUUGCAGUUUCCACUCGUGUUGGUAACGAACUCGGAUCAAACCGACCAAACACGGCUAGGUUAUCAGCCAUUGUGGCCGUUACCUUCGCUGGAGUAAUGGGUAUGACGGCCUCUGCGUUUGCUUGGGGUGUAAGCGACGUCUGGGGACGGAUUUUCACCAACGAUUUAGAUAUCAUCCGACUAACUGCGGCUGCGCUGCCGAUCCUCGGGCUCUGCGAGCUCGGGAACUGUCCGCAAACAGUAGGUUGCGGGGUUGUUAGAGGCACCGCAAGGCCGUCUAAAGCUGCCAACAUUAACCUAGGCGCGUUUUACCUUGUCGGAACGCCGGUAGCUGUUGGGCUAACGUUUUGGGCCGGGUAUGGAUUUUGCGGGCUUUGGAUAGGUCUUUUCGCGGCACAGAUAUGUUGUGCUGCUAUGAUGCUUUAUGUCGUGGCUACUACAGAUUGGGAGGGAGAAGCGAUGAGAGCUAGAAAGCUUACGUGCAGUGAAAGCGUUGAUGUGGUGAUUACAGCGCAAAGUAACGGUGAUUUAACUGAACCAUUAGUUUACGUUGUCACCGUUGCUGCUGACCACUAA